AUGGCGUCCGGCUCACUCAAACGCACCAGCACAACAGACCGCGACAUCUCGCCGCCGCCGACCAAACGCAAAGUCACGGCAACCACCACCAACAAGGCGGUGUCGAAUUUCUUCAAGCCCGCAUCGGAAAAAGAAAAGCAGCCCGAAAAGGUCAAGUUUCAGAUCCUGCACGACACUUUACUUGUGGGGAGAUACGAGGAUGGCUCUUCAGCCCGAACGACGAAGCCCAAACCUGUGAAGGUGGCUGCGUUUGAUUUCGACGACACCCUCAUCAAGACGAAAUCCGGGAAUGUCUUCGCGCGGGGCGCGGACGAUUGGCAGUGGUGGCACGCGACGAUCCCAGGGAAGCUGAAGCAGCUCGAUGCAGAUGGGUAUGCGGUGGUGCUGGUGAGCAACCAAAGCGGCAUCAGCUUGCGGUCAGAGAAAGGCAGCGACAAGAAAAGCCUCAGCAACUUCAAGGAGAAAGUCUCGGCGGUGUUCAAGGCGCUAGAAAUCCCCAUCACUGUGUAUGCGGCCACGGAGAAGGACCUUUUUCGUAAGCCACGGACUGGGAUGUGGGAGCAGAUGUUGCAGGACUAUGGGCUCGUUGAUGGUGAUGAUGCUGCUGCGGAUGUGGAUCGCGAGAAGAGCGUUUUCGUUGGGGAUGCGGCGGGCCGUGAGGGGGGCAAGGCGGCGAAGAUUCGCAAGGAUCAUUCUUGUUCGGACCGUGACUUUGCGGCUAAUGUUGGUAUACCGUUCCAGACGCCUGAGGAGUACUGGUUGGGAGAGGAUGCGAAGCCCUUCACGAGAGCGUUUGAACCGGCGGCUUUUCUGCAGACGACGCUGGAUUCACAGACAGACGCUGAUCCGAUCGUCUUCAGCAAGAAGAAUGACCUCGAGAUCGUGCUCUUCUGCGGCAGCCCAGGGUCAGGCAAAUCCACUUUCUUCUGGACGCACCUCGCACCCAUGGGCUACAUGCGCGUGAACCAGGAUCAGCUCAAGACCAGGGACAAAUGCAUCAAAGCAGCCACGAUAGCGAUUGAUGAGGACAAGAAGUCUGUGGUGGUGGACAACACCAACGCCGACAUGGAGACUAGAGCCGCCUGGGUGCAACUUGCAGCAAAGCUGAAGGUGCCUAUUCGGCUGGUCCACUUCACGGCGUCAGCUAAGCUGUGCGAGCACAAUGACACGGUGCGAGCAUUGUCUGAUGGGAAGAUGAACCCGGAAAAGCGCCAGCUACUACCGAAAAUGGCGUUCACAGGCUUCGCCUCCCGAUUUCGAGAGCCGAGCGUCGAGGAGGGAUUCCAAGACAUCACGCACGUCGACUUUGUCUUUCGAGGGACGGAGGAGGACAAGAAGCUGUGGUCCAAGUACUGGAUGUCAUGA